AUGGGCGGAACCAUCGCCUUACUUCGCCGACUGUGCUUUGCGACCCUGGGACAACAUCUCCCGCAUCCCUUUGCCCAUAUCAAGCCAGCUCUCAUACAACUACUUGCAUCCGGCAUCCACAAGCAGCUCAUACAAGUAGUCGACUACUCGCAUCAAUACCACGCCAUCAUGCAUCCGACAACCAAGCUCUACACUGUUGCCUUCAUGGCUUUGGCAACGGCAAAAGUCAGGGACCAGGGGGGUUUCAAGGCCACAUGUAAAGACCUGGAGUUGAUACCCCAGGAUGAGGGACAACUGGACCUCAAGGCGAACUGCUUCAAAGUGCCCUUCCAGCGACGGCAUAGCUGUCACGACCUCAACUUGUGUUACGGCAACAAUUGCGGGAAACUCGUGGAGAAAGAUGGGUGA